CCUCCCUCUGAACCAACCUAUCCCAGAGCACGUCUCCGGGUGACUGCGCCUGAUAGUUAGGAGUGAAUAAAUAAGCGUUUUUUUAAAGCCACGGCGACGUGAAUCAGACUAUCUCAGCUGUCUCCAGCCUGGAUUGAAUUACUAGUUUAUUCUAACCUCAAACUAACAAAAGAACCACACAAAGUGCAAAAAACAAACAAGAAAAUCGAAGCUAGAGAAGGGAAAAAAGAGAACAGUUCGAGCUCGCCACAGCGAGAAGCGACUCAGGCGAGAGCGAGAGAGAGAGAGAGAGAAGGGGGUGGGGGUGGGCGUGGGCGUGGGCAUGGAGGGCGAGAUGGCGGAGGAGCCGCCGGCACCGGUGCGCGGCGGAGUUGAGGGCGCGCCGCUGGCGGCGGUGGCAGAGGAGGGGGAGGGAGAGGCGCCGGCGGCGGUGGGGUCCAGCAAGACCAUGGAGCGCGUGGCGGCCGCGAAGAAGUUCAUCGAGGACCACUACCGCGCGCAGAUGAAGAACAUCCAGGAGCGCAAGGAGAGGCGCUUGAUUUUGGAACAACAGCUAGCUUCUUCACAAGUUCCUAGGGAGGAGCAGAUAAACUUAAUAAAGGAUUUGGAGAGAAAGGAGACUGAAUACAUGAGACUUAAAAGGCAUAGAAUUUGCGUGGAUAACUUUGAACUUCUGACCAUCAUUGGAAGAGGCGCUUUUGGGGAGGUUCGACUAUGCCGGGAAAAGUCCUCUGGUAACAUUUAUGCAAUGAAAAAGCUAAAGAAGUCUGAAAUGGUUGUCAGGGGCCAGGUGGAGCAUGUUAGAGCUGAACGAAACUUGCUGGCUGAGGUUGGUAGCCACUGCAUUGUGAAGCUAUAUUAUUCUUUCCAAGAUGCUGAAUACCUCUACCUUAUCAUGGAGUACCUUCCUGGUGGUGACAUGAUGACCCUCCUCAUGAGAGAGGAUACUUUGACUGAAAAUGUGGCUCGUUUCUACAUUGCUGAGACUGUUCUUGCCAUCGAAUCCAUUCACAAACAUAACUACAUUCACAGAGAUAUUAAACCUGAUAACCUACUGUUGGAUAAGAAUGGUCACAUGAAAUUGUCAGAUUUUGGAUUGUGCAAGCCAAUUGACUGUUCCAAAUUGUCAACCUUGAAUGAAGAUGAACCAAUGACUGAUGAAAACUUUAGGGAGUCCAUGGACAUUGAUCGUUCUUUCUCUGAUACAGCAAAUGGUAGGAGGUGGAGAAGUCCAAAUGAACAGCUUCAGCAUUGGCAGAAGAACAGGAGAAAAUUGGCAUUUUCAACUGUUGGGACACCUGAUUAUAUUGCUCCAGAGGUUCUACUAAAGAAGGGUUACGGAGUAGAGUGUGACUGGUGGUCUCUUGGUGCAAUCAUGUAUGAGAUGCUUGUCGGAUACCCACCAUUUUAUUCAGAUGAUCCAAUAACUACAUGCCGAAAGAUUGUGCAUUGGAGAAGCUAUUUGAAAUUCCCAGACAAUUCAAGGUUGUCUCUUGAAGCAAAGGAUCUCAUUUGCCGAUUGUUAUGCGAUGUUGACCACAGGAUUGGCAGUGGAGGGGCAGAUCAAAUAAAGGCUCAUCCUUGGUUUCGAGGAGUUGAGUGGGAUAAGCUUUAUGAAAUGGAGGCAGCAUUUAAGCCCCAAGUAAAUGAUGAACUUGAUACACAGAAUUUCAUGAAGUUUGAGGAAGCGGACCCUUCUCCAGCAAGAACAGGUUCUGGGCCGUCAAGGAAGAUGAUGCUUAAUUCUAAAGAUCUUAGCUUUGUGGGGUAUACAUACAAGAACUUUGAAGCUGUGAAAGGUUUGCAUCAGUCUGCAGAUCUUCAGAGAAGCUCCUCACUGACAAGGCAUUCUGUUGGCUCCACAUCUGAUGCAGCAGACAUGGACUCAUCAAUGGAACCGAAUGGAAGGGACACACACAUGCACACUGUUUCAUCCGGUGACCCUAUGGUGCCAUGAUUUGCCUUGCUGUGUCUGAAGUUCCCUGUACUACACCAGCACCGGUGCGCCUCGAUGACGUGGCUUCAUCUGAAUAGGCCUGCUUGCUUUUAGUCAGGUCCCGUGCCCUACCAGUCGUUGGCGAGCACCUUGUUGUAGUUGUAUAAACUAGAGGUAUUUGGCGCAGUAUGUUUCGGGUGAGCCGAGAUAGGCAGAUCCGGAGGGUAUUUGCUUCUUGGCGCUGGUUGCCCAGGUUGGCAUAGUAUUAGAUUGUUGCCUUCCUUGUGGCAGUUUUUGGCCCGUUUAACAUAUGAUCAUGGAAGAAAGAAACAGAUGGCAACUGUGUUAGGAUAGCCAUUGUUGAUGGUUGACUUGUCUGUACUGCUUGAUGCCCAUCAAAGAUCUUCCAUUCGAGCCAUUGUUAA